AUGAACGCGCCAGGCGCAGAGAGUGGUGGCAUGCUCGGGCAAGAGGAGGAACAACACACACGCAAUUCACCUACGUCUUCUGUCUGUUAUCUGGGUCAGGUGGAGUCUGAGCUGAAACGCAUCUUAAAGAAGGCAGAAGGACCGCCCACAAAUGACCAUGGAGCGAACACCGUGCGGGAGCCUUCACCACGACAACCACAAGCCUCUGACAACGAAUCUGACAUUACCCCUCGGUCCGAAGCGCCGGAAGCCCCGUCCUGCGCAGAAACACCCGCGGAUUACUACGGCUCGACCACUGGCAAUUACUUCUCGCCGAGGCCAAUGAGAGUCUACCCUACCUAUCUACCUACAUCGGCUCCAGCAUCAGCAGACACGUCACCGAUCCAGAGCUUGAACGCAUCUACCACAUCUAUCGAUAAACAUCUUGAACAUCCAUCCCCAUCAUCUACUGCAGAACACAACGAACGUCCAAGCGUGCACAGAGAUUUCUCAGACUCCUCAACCGCCAGCAGCACUACCGUGAAAGGUUCUGUCCUCGACCAUCUUAUGCGGUCAUCUGCUUCGCAACUACCGCAUCGAGAAUAUCCAAACCAGGCAUACUCGGCGCUGCAGUCACAGCGCUAUCCUUCUUCAUAUCAUCCGCGCCAGCUCUCCAGGGCCUUGAGCUGCCACCCAUCGGAUCUUGGACAUCACCCACCUAGCCAUGCAGUCGCUUCUGGACACCCUCAAGACCAUGGCUUCGGCGAAACUCGGACAAGAACUGCAGGCAACUCUCCUAUUGGAAGCCCGGGACUUUUCACUCCCUCGACACCACCCGCUAGGCCUUUACUAGGACUACCGGAUGAGCAUGGCUUCUACUCCAGCCCCUAUCUGCACUUCACGCAGCGACAAGCACCCAAGGAAACCCACAUCGCAGAUGUAGACGUUGACCCUAUCUCAGGCCGUAAAGUUAUCAAUCAUUAUGAGGUCAUCGAUGAGUUGGGCCGUGGCGUCCAUGGUAAAGUGAAACUCGGCCGCAAUCUGCAGACAGGACAAUAUGUCGCGAUCAAGAUUGUUGAGCGAUACUCGAAGAAGCGACGCCUGGGCAAGAACACAAGCCAAGAGGACAAGAUCAAAAAGGAGAUCGCUAUCCUGAAAAAGGCGCGCCACGACAACAUUGUUAGUCUGCUGGAGGUCAUUGACGAUCCUGCAGUUCGAAAGGUCUAUAUCAUUCUUGAGCAUGUCGAGCUUGGGGAGGUGAAAUGGCGGCACGAGGCUGAGAAGGAAAUCGCUCUUGUGGAGUACCAUCGUAUUCAACGGGAGGCCGCAGGAAUAUUCGACAACGCUGCUGCUGCCAUGGAGGAUGAGAGGAUCCUCCAGGUUGCACGCAGACGCCGUGAACAGAAAGAAAGGAGGCGGGCACGGGAGAUUCAGCGUCGGGCCAUGCGAGCCGCAGGUCCAGAGGCCUGGAGUCUGGAGCAUGGCGGUGACACCGACGAUGAUAUCUCUGACUUCGACACAGCGUCUCGGGUAUCAACUGCGGGCAGCGAACGGGAACGCGGAGAAGGGCUUGAAGUAUUGGCCAACAGACAUACGCUCGCAGCAUCACCCUCUCCAAUGCCGCCCCUCGCCGAAGACGAAAUGGCUACGCUCACCAAGGAUGGAGAGGAGGCUCUUGAGCGGUCGAAGGCCUCAAACUCAUCGCUGAAGGGACUGACCGAUAAACCGAGUUCUGUGUCUCCGACAGGCCUGGAAGGGACGAUGUAUGGCGCAUACGAACCGGUCGUGGCUCGUGGCAGGACGCCGAGUGUUGCUGGCAGCGCUGCUUCGGGGCCUACAUGGGCCGAUGACGGUGGCGAAAUACCAGAACACUUUCGUUACGUCCCAGUUAUGACCCUGUCAGCAGCGAGGCAGGUUCUUAGGGAUACCGUUCUUGGGCUGGAGUAUCUUCAUUUCCAAGGCGUCAUCCAUCGCGACAUCAAGCCGGCGAACCUUCUUCAGACCAGGGACCACAAGAUCAAAAUCUCAGACUUUGGCGUUUCGUACCUUGGGAGGGGACUCGGAGACUAUGCCAAUGGGGAACUGUCAGAAUCAGAUGCCGCUGAUAUCGAUGAGGCGGUUGAGUUGGCAAAGACAGUGGGCACACCUGCCUUCUAUGCUCCCGAACUCUGUCAGACAGAUCCUGAUCCGGACGUCGAAGCCCCACCUGUCACUGGACAGAUAGAUGUGUGGGCAUUGGGUGUUACGCUGUUCUGCCUUGUCUUCGGCCGCGUGCCAUUUCAUGCCAACGACACUUUCGCUUUGAUGCGACGGAUAUCGGAGGAUCCGGUCUACAUACCCCGGCAGAGGCUCAAGGCAGUUGAUGAGGGCGUGCGCUCAAGGCCCAGUUCGCACGGCCGGCUAAUGCCCAUGAAUAGCAACAAAAGGGCGCCGCAUGACCUGGAGUACGAGGACAUUGGCGAAGACCUACAUCACCUCUUGAGACGGCUGCUUGAAAAGGACCCUCGACGGCGCAUUACCCUACACGAAGUCAAGUGCCACUCUUGGCUUCUUGCCGAUCUAGAUGCACGUGCUUGGCUCGAAUUGACGAAUGUCGAUCGGCGCGAACAUGGCAGGAGGAUCGAGGUCUCGAAGGAAGAUGUCGACAAAGCCGUCGUCCCACUCAACCUCAUUGAGCGAAUGCUAUCGGGUACUCGGUCCGGGAUUCGGCGGCUUGGAGGCGCUUUGGGUUUGGGCAAAGGCGAUAAGUCAAGGAAGCGUGCGCAGAGCUCCGCAACGAACCCUGAUACUGGCCCACCAUCUGCCGCUUCAUCAAGCAGCACCAUUAGUCAGGACGCCCGGCGUCCAAGCUUGAAGGUGGAUGAGCAGCUUUUCUCCGCUCUCAAAGCGUCCAGAGCAGAAGGCGAGCAUCCGCUUUCCCAGAGCGUAACGGCCAGCCCCGAACCCAAGGAGCAUUCUCAGUUUUUCCUCGAACCCUCCUCACAGCCAUCAUCGCGGCCAGAGACGCCUAAUGACAGCUCCGAGAAAGUCAAUCGUACCGCAGGUCCUACUGACAGAAAAAGACCUGUAAUGGAGCGUGCAAAGUCGACCUCCGCGUCAAUAAAGACCAUCAAGCCAUCCGAUCUUCCUAGGACGGACCGGGCAGUCUCCCAUGCGGUACCGCCGCCACCACUGAGUACGCCCAUCGCCCUAGACACGGCGAGCAGUUCAAGCCUGAGCGGUCUCUUAGGCGGUGCAGGCCGGCGUAUCAUAAGAAACAUGCGGAGUAGAGAGCGGAGCUCUACCACUCAAGCGGAUCAGGAACGAACAAAGUCCAUCGAUCGUGUAAUGGAUCGCAACACUGACGCACACGGGGAGCCUAGCCUUGCGCUAAGCAACGCUGUCGCCGAAGGCCACGUCAACCUCCCUGAAGCGUUACAGGAGAUAUCACCGGCGCCAAGCUCUGUUGCAAGCCCAACAUCCCCUCAGCGGAACCUCCAUGUAACAGACAACAUCGUCUCUCGGCACUCAUCUCUGUCAUCUGCAUCCUCCAGGCCAUCGCGCCGACAAUCACGUGCAGACCCACCGCAACCUCACCAGAGUCCGCCACAAGCUACUGGUGCUUGCUCAUCCCUUCCCCGUGAAACUUCGGAUGACAGGAUCACAAGGGCUAGAGAGGAGCAGUGGCGGCGACGGGUACUGGAAGACAGCAUUGAUCGCGACCGGCCCGGCUCCGCCCACUUUUCGAGGCCAACAAGUGCGCUAGGCCAAGGACCUUGCCCACCAAGUCCGGACGACCAGAUUUUUUUGCGGCAAGAGAUGACGAAAGCGCAGGCUGACCAGGCUUCUCCGUUGGAGACGAGCCCUACCAGCUACCCGCUGGGCUUACAGUCCGGGCCGGUGACAUCGAACUCUUCCGAGGAUCAUUUCGCGUCAAGACUGUCGCAGUCGACGUCGAACCCGUCUAUCCCAUCUGUGAUCUCCGCGUCAUCGUCUAUCGUGCCAGAUGACGGAGUUACGCUUAGAAAACACAGUGAGGCGGCUGAGUACUCGUCAGGCGACACUGCGACCGAAGGAUACAAUUCCGCAGCCAACUACUCCUCUGGCGAGACGGCAAACCCUCCGGAUCGGACACUGGAGGAAGACGACGGCUACGCUGGCGACCACGCCGUGGAGAGCGAGGAUGAGGACGACUCAGACGAGGAUGAGCUACUGAUGAUGAACCCGAGGAAGCACAAAGGCGCAGGACACAUCAGGAGCAACAGCAUCUCGAACGCGCAGCUCGCUCGCAAACAUGCUGUGCAUGGGAGCGGCGCCUCUUCAAUCAAGUCCGCCAGAAGUGGCAGCAACGGCACGGUUAAGAAGGUGCCGCGUAGCCAGCUUGAGGUUGACGAUUGA